AUGAUAGGCCUGCCGCUCCUCGAGGCUUUCGCCUUGGGUAUCAUGGGAUGGGUAGUAUACGGAGCCUUCUGGAGGCUAUACCUCGGUCCAUUAAGUCGAUUCCCGGGUCCCAAGCUCGCGGCUCUGACGUUGUGGUAUGAAUGUCAUCUUGAUAUCCUCAAGCAAGGCGGUGCCCUAUACGUCCAGGAAAUUGGGAGACUGCACAAAAUAUACGACAUGGGCCCUUGCUCUGCACAGGGCCCAUUGUCCGAACCAGCCCCUACGAGUUCCACAUCGCAGGCCCAGACCUCUACGGAGAGAUAUAUGCGGGACAUAGACGUGACAAGUCUGCCUGGCAAAUCAAGAGUGGAGAUUCGGCCCAAGCAAUGGGAUUUACUAUUUUCCAUGAACAGCAUUGCCUGCACCGAGAAGCGCUUGAACUCACUCGUCAGCAAGUGUAAUAUCUUGAUAUUUGAGGGCACAAUAAGAAAAGUUGUCGAUCAUCUCUGUGAGCGCAUCCCUGACUAUCGAGAUGCAAACAAAACGAUCAACUUGACGAAUGCGUACCUUGCUAUGACUAUGGAUAUCGCUACGGCGUACGCCUUUGGCAGAAGUUCAGCACUCCUUUCCCAAGAGAAAUUCAGCCAGAAGUGGAGAUACCAUAACCACCGUAAUGCGAAGCACUGCUAUAAUGAAUCACUUCAGAUGGCUCCCUCGGCUCAUGGAAAUGCUGCCUCCAUUCGCUACGAAAGCUAUCAAACAAUCGAGAAACAGGUAAAAGAGGCCCUCGUCUAUGACAAUGCCUCGUCAAAGUCAACAACGGGCGAUACGAUGUUCGAGAGACUACGCGAUAAUGACGAACUUCCGCCCGAAGAGAAGACUGUACGAAGGCACACUGACGAGGCUACCAUCCUGAUCAUCGCAGCCAGCGAGAGUCCCUCAAAGACACUCUCACCUAUCCAUUUCUAUCUCCUACGCAACCCGCCAAUCUUACAACGGGUACAGGACGAAAUCAUAAACUUGAUGCCGGACCAUAAGACCAUGCCCUCCUUGACGCAGCUCGAGCAAGUACCAUAUUUAUCUGCAGUUAUUAAGGAGGGUUUGCGUCUCCACGGAGACGUUACCGCCCGCACCCAACGCGUUGCUCCAACGAAGACCUGCACUACCAGGACUGGGUCAUCCCACGGGUACACCUUCAGCAUAUCCUCCGUCUUCGUCCACCUCAACCCCGAUAUCUUCCCGGAUCCCCUGGCAUUCAGACCCAAGCGCUGGCUGGGAAAGGAAGCAAUGGACCGUCGUCUGGAGCGCUAUAUAGUAGCAUUCGGGAAAGGAACCCAAAAUUGCAUCCGUACUAAUGUCGGGAUGGCCGAGAUGUGUGUUGCACUCGCAUCAGUGGUUUGCCAUCAUAAUCCAACGCAGCCCAGGUAUCUCGGAAUCGUGCUCAGAGACCCCUGGAGUGUUCAGGUGCUCUGCUUGACGGCCCCCAACAUCAUCGCUCCCAAAUAUUAUAGAAGAUGCAAUACUGGCCUCACCCAUGUGUCGUUUUGAAAUCAGCAUGAUACAAGCUCAAACUGGACCUUACCAAGCCUUUAUGUUGAU